AUGGGACUUAAAGGUAAAGCAAAAGAAUUGUUUGAGUCGUUUGAUACCGAUAAAAAUGGUUACAUUGAUCUUGAAGAGUUCGUUGUUGGAAUGAAAGAGCUUUUUAAUAUCAGAAUUGUUGAUUCUCGCAUAGACACGGUUUGUCGAUAUAUUUUGCGCAAAAUUGAUGGCGAAGGUUUAUUCAAUGCAAGAGACUUCAAGUUGAACAAAUCUGAAUUUCAAAAAUUGUACAACUAUAUACCAGAAGAACCCCAAUUUCCUUUUGAGAGUUUGAAGGAAUUGGUUUCGAUUUUUUUUCAUAUAUGUGAUAAAAAUAACGAUGGAUUUCUGAACUAUUUUGACUUCUCCGAUUUUAUAAAAAAAGGAACAGAUUUAGACACGAAUAUGGGUAAUAGAAUGAUGGCUUUUACUGUUGUUGAUCAAGACGAAAAUGGACAAAUAGACUUUGAUGAGUUUUAUGAUGCUAUAAAACAUGGAAAAAUAAAGAAAGUUACUUUGGACGACUUGACCGAUGAAUUAGAUAAAGAUCAUUGA